CGCCACAGCUCCGCCUCCUCCUCUCCCACUCUCCCUCGAGUCCUCGACGCAGCGGCGCCACGAUCGGCGACCGCAACCUCUCCCUUGCUCCCGCCCGGCCGCCGCAGCCGAGCCGCCCGUACACCGCCUCCACCUCCACGCCGCUCAUGCUCCCCCGCCUCGCCCACGCCCGCCCGCGGCACCGCCUCAUCUGCCCCACAUCCCGCGCUGUGUCCACUGCCCCCGCGCCCGCACCCGCGCCCCCCGCCACCACUCCACCCGCUGCGCCGCCGCUCUCGGCCGCGGACCUCGAGCUCCUCCUCCGCCGCGGGCACUACUCCGCCUCCACCCACCGCUUCCACUCCCUCCUCCCGCUCCUCUCGCAUCCCUCCGUCCUCCUCUCCUCCGCGCUCCACCUCAGCCGCCGCGCGCACCCCUCGCUUCCCACCCCGCCCCAACCCCCACCCACCACCGUCGCCGCGGCGGCCGCCGCGCUCUCCUCCCCCUCCUCCCACCUCCGCCUCCUCCUCCCGUCCCGCCUCAAGGGCCAGGCGCUCGCACUCCCCACGCUCCCGCUGCGCCUCGCCAUGCGCUGCGCCGCGUACGCCCUCGACGCCGUGUUCGCCCCGCGAGCGGCCACCUUCGCCUACCGCGGUCGCCACGCCGCCAUCCGAUACCUCAGGUCCAUCCCUAGCGCGUCCUGGUUCUUCCGCGUCGCCAUCCCGCGCCAGCGUUUCGGCCCCCGUCACGUGCGCCACCUGCUCGACGCCAUCUCCGGUAAGGUCGACGACCCAGGUUUCCUGGAAUACCUGAACGAGCUGUUCGCGUCUGAUGCGGUUGCGUUUGAGCUCGGCGGCUGCGAGCUCGGACGCGGGCUGCCACAGGAGUCGGAGCUCACGGCCACGCUGGUGAACAUAUUCUUCGAUCCUGUGGAUAGAGAGUUGAUGGCCGUCCGGGAGGAAGUGCACAAAAAGAAUCCUAGAAUGAAGCAUGAUAGCGUUCUGCAUACACCUGUAAGAGUCUAUGCAGUUCGGUAUCUCGAUGAUAUUCUGGUUGUGACGUCUGGGUCGAAGAUGCUCACAAUUGAGAUCAGGGACAUGAUCAUUGCAGUGUUGGAGAGGGAUCUGGAGUUGAAGGUGGACAGGUUGGGCAGCUCAGUCCAUAGUGCUGUGUCAGAGAAGAUUGAAUUCCUCGGGAUAGAAUUCCAAGCUGUGCCACCAUCAGUCUUGCACCCUCCCAUGUCAGAGAAAGCGAAGAGGGCAAGGAAGAAGUAUCUGAAGAUGAAGGCAGAAAAGGCGCAGGAGCUGAAAAAUGCACGAGAGACACGGCGGAAGAAGCUCGGCUUGAAGAUACUGAACCACUUGUUCAAGAGGGUGAGGCGGGGCGAGGAGUUUCAAUUUAAUUUUCAGAUUGAGAAUGAGGUGCGGCAAGUGUUCAAGGAUUGGGCAGAGGAUACAGUGGCUGAAUACUUCAAGUCACAGGAGCACUGCCAAUAUUGGCACCGACUGCUUACAUCAGGUGACUUCUUGUCACUGACUAGGGUGAGAGAUCAAUUGCCGCCUGCUCUGGUGGAUUCAUAUGACAAAUUUCAGGAGACACUUGACAGGUUUUUGAUGCCUAAGAGGGGCCAUGACAUGGCAGAAGAAGAGGAGAGGCUAGCAGAGGAGGAAGAUGAGAAAGAAUACGAGAAGAGGACUGUUGAGGACUUGACAGAGUUGAAGAUGAGGGCUAAUGUGCCAAUAGAGCUUGUAAGGAAGGCAGUAAAGCUAGCUGGAUUCACAAACUCCAUGGGCCGGCCACGGCCAAUCAAGCUACUUCUCUGUUUGGAUGAUGCGGACAUCAUUAAAUGGUAUGCCGGUGUGGGAAGAAGGUGGCUAGAUUUUUUCUGCUGUUGCCGGAACUUCAAGAUGGUCAAGACUGUUGUCAGUUACCACUUGAGGUUCUCCUGCUUCUUGACAUUAGCAGAGAAGCAUGAGUGCACUAAGAGGCAAGCAAUUAGCCAUUUCACAAAGGAUUUAAAAGUAGAAAAUGAUGAUGGAGUGGCAGAAGUGCACUUCCCAACGGAACGGGAGAUCAAAAUGAUGGGUGAUAAGAAUUUGUCUGACCCAAAGCCUGUGGAUGGUGCCUUGACAAUGAUAUUGGUGAGACUGGCAGUCGAUGACACGUCAUAUCCAUGCCUGACACAUUUUUGUGCAAAAACAGACACUGUGCUUUACAGAAUACGUUUGCUGCAAAAUCGCCUUAAUAUUGAUCCAUUGAAUGAGAAUAAGUGGGUCCAUGGACUAAGUGCCAUUCAUGAGAGCCUGAACAAGAAAUGCCUCCCCUUGUGCUCUAUGCAUGCGAGUGAUCUUCUUCUCGGCAAGAUUACUCUUCAAGAUAUUGACUGUACUCAAUUUGUUGAUGUGGAAUGAGAAAAAGAAGUACUUAAACAAUGCCUCUUGCAGAUUGUGGCUCAUUCAGUAUUGCAGGUUGUGCCCAGUGCAUCGGAUAUUGCUUUUAUUUUACUGAAUGGUUCAUGGAUUCCAUUUCAAUACAUGAUAGAAGAUAUAUUUCUUUUUUGUUUCCAGAGGAUUGCAAUUUUGCAAGUGUUUAAAUUGCAGUGUGCAGGACUAAGAACGAACUACAUAUCAAUAUACUCAGCUCAGUGGACUUGCCCCAGACAAUUUCAAUCAUGUCAAAACAAUUCAUUCACAAUCGAAGGGUCUAUCUUAUCUGCCUGGCUGGCUUAGUGAUUUCUAAGUAUUGUAGCAGUGAUUAUGAUGGGCAGGGCUCCUUGGUCCACCAGGGUGACAGUGCCUCAUGCCAUCCACGCGGACAGUGGGGAAACAUGGUGGCUCCCAUAUUGCAGCCGCGUCGUCACUUCAAAUCCACAGCACCUCGAGCAGAGGUAUGCUCAUUGUGACUGCAAAGUGGAGAUCACAUCAAUACAUCAUCACCUAGUGCAAAGAUUAAAGAUCGCUAAUUUGAACAGUACCAAUCAACAUGCCAAUAAUAGAUGGCCCCAACUCUGUCAUGCAUAUAGUGUUCGGCACAUCUGUACGCGCGUAUGAGGUAAAGCUAGGGGUUGUCCGCUUACAUACUGCAAAACUGCAAGCAAUGGGCAUGAAUAGCUUCAGUUCCAGAAACACAGUUCUUUCUGGAACUGUAUGGAA